AUGACUCAAUCUAAAACUUUUCAUCCAGCUCUUGCUCUCUCCAACAUUAGGAAUCAUAUUCAUAUUAUUCUCGAGAUGGAAAACGUGCAAUACUCAACAUGGGCGGAGUUGUUCAAGGUUCAUGCACGUUCAAACAAGGUUCUCCAUCACAUAGACAAAGAGAAGGCCACGGUUGAGGAGGACGAUGUUGACAUGUGGGCUACUCUUGAUGCCACACUCUUGUCGUGGAUUUACGCCACGAUAUCUAUUGAUCUUUUACACACCAUCCUUGAACCCGAUGCUACGGCAAUGGCUCCAGUAUCUGAGAGUCGUUUGGUCCUUCAACUUGUCUCUGGUCUCUCUGCUCCGUACCGUGGUGUGGGUACAAAGAUCCGACAAAGUGAUCCCCUCCCUUCUUUUUAUCAAGCCCGGUCCAUGCUUACUCUUGAGGAAUCGGGCUUAGCUAAGGAGGCAACUAUGGAGUCUAAUUCUGCCAUGGUCAUUACUCCGAAUGAGGAUGAUGGCUCCUCUUUUGUUCCUUCUCAUUCGGGACAGGGGAGAGUGCCACAAAAUUCUGGCCGAAAAUAG